AUGUGCUCCUCCGUUCCCUACUCACAGUUUGUGAGUUCCACCUGCGGAAUAUGUCGCGACUAUGAUUUUCCAUUGGAAAGGAGAUUCAAGAACAGAGACACAUGCAAUCAUACUUUCUGUAAUGAUUGCAUUAUCAAGUAUAUCCGAGUCAUGGUGGAAGAAAACAACGUGACAUCGCUCAAAUGUCCUCGUCUAUUAUGCGAUUUUUACUUGGACCCACUUUCUUGUCGUUCAAUCCUCCCUGUUAAACUUUUCGAAAGAUGGUGCGACCUCUUAUGUGAGGAUUUCAUCUUGGGGUUCGAUAAUUGUUAUUGUCCUAAUCUAAAGUGUUAUGCAUUGAUCAUAAAGGAAUGCAUAUGGGAUGUGAAUAGAUCUAUUUGUCCUAAUUGUAAGCAAGCGUUCUGUUUUAAAUGCAAAAUAUCAUGGCAUAAGGGUUUUUCGUGUGAACAAAAUAGAUUGAUUAGGAAUUCAAACGAAACUGCCUUUUAUGUUCUUGCGAAAAGAAAAAACUGGAAGCAAUGCCCUGGAUGCAUGCAUUAUGUGGAGCAUGACCAAGAUGUGGGAUUCGGUUCUGUUAUAACUGCGGAUUCAAGAAUUGCAGAUGCAACAUCAAGAACACCCUGA